UUAUUACCUUCCUCCUUCCCCAUACAUCUGGGUACAUCAGAUCAAACUAUCCCGAAGCUCCUCCAGAGGGAAUAUCUAUUGAUAAUUACUUGUGAGGCAUCUCUCCCGAGUUACUUGACAGCCUCCAGGUGGAACACAGAAUACCUCCGUAUCUUAUCUGCUGUGAGCCAUCUCUCUUACCCCCAUAAAGCUCUUCACCAACAGAUCCAUAAAGGAAACUCCUCAGCUGGGUGGAAGUAGUUGGGAAGAAGAGGUGAACAAAGUCAGCACAGCCUGUAGAGGUAUAGACAUCGCUCUCCACUGCCUUCUCCGUGUCAGACUUGACAAAAUGUCUUUCUUCUCAUCAUGGAUGAAAGCUAUUUUCAUCAUUGCUUUGCUAUUUCCCCUAUAUUCUGAAACUUCUUUUUUACCGUCAGCAAACUUGCAAAGAACACCGCCGGACUGUAACGUGUAUAAAGAUCGAUUACCUUUUUGCACCAGAGAAUGGAAUCCAAUCUGCGCAACCAACGGCCAAACUUAUCCCAAUCCAUGCGUUUUCUGCAGUCAAAAGUCAGAUUUUAGUGGAAAAUUUGAUUUUAGUCAUUAUGGUGAAUGCUAACUUUGCCAGAGCUACACAUGCCUGUGUCUCCUAUUGCAAGCCUAUUUUGUGGUGGAUUCUACAAGCAAUUGGAGUCUUCUCAGUCAGAGCUUUAAAUUCCCAGAUGACCAGAGAAAGCUUUCUAUGGUAUACAAGAUGGAAUACAGGAUGUUGAAGAAUUUUUCCAGUUCUAAGAGUUUGUGAUUGAAAGAUUUUUAUUCUCUAUAUUAAAUUAUCAAUGACAGUCGAAAAACUAUCUUAAUUGUAUUUGAUAAUAUAAAGCCUAAUGUAAUUUGCUAUCAUAAAUAUUUCAAUCAAUCAAUAAAUAAUAUUA